UAUGAACGCGUAGACUCAUAUAUUGACUCUUCAGUCUUCACAAUGAAUGGAUUCAACCCUCUUUCUCUCUACUGACUAAAAUCUUCUUGACUCUUCCUCCUUCCAAACAUGACAUUAAUUUCUACAACAACCGAUGAAGAUACACCACUUGAAGAAGAAUUAUCCAACCCAAUUCAACUCGCAGAACGAGUGAGCAACUCAGCCACCGAGUCACUCUCCUUCAAACUCGACUGCUCUGAAGUCGCCAAACACGUAGACCGUCUUUCCGUCAUGUUACGUGCACUCCACCGUUUCACAACCGUUAACUCCUCCGUCUACGACCGUCCAAUUCGCGUCAUCUCCUCCGAAGUUUCUAGAACCCUCCUCCGGGCCCACACCCUCCUCCGUAAAUGUCGGCGCCGUCGCACCAGCUUUCUCCACCGCUUAGUCAACCUCGUAACCGCCGCCGACUUCCGGAAGCUUCUUUCUCUUCUAGAAGCUUCUUCGGCCGACUUACGCUGGCUCCUCUCCGUCCUCCACGUGGAUGAUUAUUACGACGACAGCAACAACGACGACGACGUCGUUUUGUCUCUCCCGCCAAUUGCAAGCAACGACCCAAUUCUCGCGUGGGUUUGGUCUUAUACCGCGACUGUACAAAUGGGGCCUGCUUUGUUGGGCCGUGUUGAGGCGGCCCAUGAGAUUGCUUGUUUGGCCCAAGAUAAUGAUCGUAACAAGAAGAUGAUUGUGGAAGAAGGUGGGGUUCCGCCAUUGUUGAAGUUAUUGAAGGAAGGGAAUUCAGUGGAGGCUCAAAUUGCGGCUGCUAAUGCGUUGUUUAAUGUUGCUAAUAAUGAGGAAAGAGUUAGGGUGAUUGUUGAUAGUAUGGGUGUUCCUUUGAUUGUUCAUGUUUUAGGGGAUUCUCCUAUGAAGGUUCAGAUUAAGGUGGCAGAGUUAGUUGCUAGGAUGGCUCAAUUUGAUGCCGGUGUUGCUAAGGAGGAAUUUGGUAGAGAGAAUGUCAUUCGUCCCCUCGUUUCGUUAUUGUCGUUCGAGAUGUUUGAGGAUGAGUUUGAGGUGAUCAAGAAGAAGCAGAGUAUUCACUCACUUGUUCAGAUUAAUAAGGACAGCAAGCAGAGCAAGGGGAGUGUGUCUUUGAAACCUAAGUCGUACUCGAGUUAUUCUUCAUUUUCGUCGUUAUAUUCUGAUGGUGGGAGUAGUAGAGGAGGAGGGCAGACGAGGAAGGAAAGGGAGAAUGAGAGUGUUGAGGUUAAGAGGGAGGUUAAGAUUAGUUGUGCUAAGGCACUUUGGAUGCUUGCUAAGGAUAGUGUGAUGAAUAGUAAGAGGAUUACUGAGACUAAAGGGUUGCUUUGUUUAGCUAAGUUGAUUGAGAAAGAAAAAGGGGUGUUGCAGAAGAAUUGUGUAAUGGCUGUGAUGGAGAUAACCUCGGCUGCUGAGUCGAAUGCUGACAUUCGAAGAUCGGUAUUCAAGACGAGUUCCCCUGCUGCUAAGGCAGUGGUGGAGCAGCUUUUGAGGGUGAUUAAAGAAUCUGGUGAUCAGAGUUUGCAGAUUUCGGCUGUAAGGUCGAUUGGAUCUCUUUCUAGGACGUUCCCUGCAAGAGAGACGCGGGUGAUCAAGCCUUUAGUAGAGCAGCUUAGCAAUAAGGAUCAUGAAAUUGCAACCGAGGCUGCUAUAGCACUAGGGAAGUUUGCUGACCCUGAUAAUUUCUUGUGCCAUGAACACUCGAAGGCGAUCAUCGAGUUUAAUGCCGUGCUACCUUUGUUGAGAUUACUUAGUGAAAGCGAGAAGGCUCAAGUAUAUGGACUGCUUCUCCUUUGUUACCUAGCUAUCAAUGCUAGUAACAAUGAGGCAUUAAAACAAGCGAGGGUUUUGACCGCCCUCGAAGGUGCUGAUCAAACUCCUACAACGCACCAUCCUCGGCUAAGAGAAUUGAUUGAUAAGGCUAUGUACCAUCUUGGCCUCUACCAUGGAGAUAUUCAUCCUUUUAGACAAUCUUCAAUGCGUAUAUAAUAGAGAAAAAUCAAUUAAGGAUCUAUCUUGUGUAAUUAGUGGGUAAAUUAUGGGAGAGAUGUAUACAGGUUUACUUUAGUAACACAUUACGUUGUAAGUUGUAACUAAGCUUGGUUCCUUAUCAUUUUUCGAUUUCAGUUUUCAGUUUUUUUGAAAACUAAAAUCAAAUAGUAAUAGCUAAACUAGAACAUACUGCCAAAUAAAUUGGUAGACUUUAGACCUUCU